GGCUGCGGCCCCUGCGGCGGCUCCGCACCUCGGCUCCGACAGCGGCUGCAGCUCCGCCCCGCCUUCGCCAGCGGCUCCGUUCCGCGCCGCGGCCGCAGCUCCGCCUGCGCCCCGCAGCGCUGCAGGGCGGCCCCGGUGCGGGAUGCGGUGAGGGCGGCGCGGGGGCCGCGCGGAGCCCCCGGGGAUGGGCGGGCGCUGAGGCGGCAGGAUGGAGGCCAUCUGGCUGUACCAGUUCCGCCUCAUCGUCAUCGGCGACUCCACCGUGGGCAAGUCCUGCCUCAUCCGCCGCUUCACCGAGGGGCGCUUCGCCCAGAUCUCCGACCCCACGGUGGGCGUGGAUUUCUUCUCCAGGCUGGUGGAGAUCGAGCCGGGCAAGAGGAUCAAGCUGCAGAUCUGGGACACGGCCGGGCAGGAGCGGUUUCGGUCCAUCACCAGAGCCUACUACAGGAACUCAGUUGGCGGACUCCUCCUCUUUGACAUUACAAACCGCAGGUCCUUUCAGAAUGUCCACGAGUGGCUAGAAGAAACCAAGGUGCAUGUCCAGCCAUACCAGAUCGUCUUUGUUUUGGUAGGUCACAAGUGUGACCUUGACACGCAGCGGCAAGUCACCAGGCACGAGGCUGAGAAACUGGCCGCUGCAUAUGGUAUGAAGUACAUUGAGACCUCGGCUCGGGAUGCCAUUAACGUGGAGAAGGCCUUCACUGACCUGACUCGAGAUAUAUAUGAGCUUGUUAAAAGGGGGGACAUUUCAAUCCAGGAGGGAUGGGAAGGAGUAAAGAGUGGGUUUGUCCCAAACGUAGUGCACUCUUCAGAAGAAGUGGUGAAAUCAGAUAGGCGAUGCUUGUGCUGAGCUCUUCUAGUGAGGCAAGUGGUGAUGAACUCUACUAACCAAACAUACUUUACUAAGUGAACUCAGUGUGACAGAACGGAGAGCAAACGCUCCCAUUGUGAACAGCCUCCCACAUUGUUUUGGACACCAGAACAGACCCCAGAAAGAAAUGUUCUGAGAAGUGGGGGCUACAAAUCUAACGGAGAGUGAGUGAGGGUGCAUGUAGAUGUUGUAAGGAGGCAGGAAGCAGAAAUGAGGGGCUGCAGGAGACAGGAGGGAGUAUAUAGGGGGCUGAAUGGGCUGGCACAUGCCAGCACUGUACAUGUCCUCUUUCCAGUAAAUCCAGACCUCCAUGCUGGGUAUUGAAGCCUGAGUGUGGAUAUUUCAGUAGCAUGAAAAAUGGGCAGAGAGAGAGA